AUGGCACCCACCACCGCAGACGAAGAAACGAACCCAUACGAGCUCGUCGGCGUCCCGCUCGAGGCGAACGAGGCUGAGAUCCGCAAGGCGUACCGCCAGAAAUCGCUCAAGGUCCAUCCGGAUCGGAACCCCGAUUUACCGGAUGCAGCCAAGAAAUUCCACGAGCUCACGCAGGCGUACGAGCUCCUGCUCGACCCCCUCCGCCGGCUCGCCGUCGACGCGCGCCUC